AUCCGGGAGCUGGUUCCUGAGUCCCAAGCCUACAUGGAUCUGUUGGCCUUUGAACGCAAACUAGACCAGACCAUUAUGCGGAAGCGUGUGGAUAUUCAGGAAGCGCUGAAGAGGCCAAUGAAGCAAAAGCGGAAACUGAGACUUUACAUCUCCAACACAUUUAAUCCUGCAAAAUCUGAUGCUGAUGACUCUGAUGGCAGCAUUGCUUCAUGGGAGCUGCGAGUGGAGGGGAAGCUCCUGGAUGACCUCAGCAAACAAAAACGGAAGUUUUCGUCUUUUUUUAAGAGUUUGGUUAUUGAGCUGGACAAAGAUCUUUAUGGACCUGACAACCAUCUUGUGGAGUGGCACAGAACUCCUACAACCCAGGAAACGGAUGGCUUCCAGGUGAAAAGACCCGGUGAUGUCAGUGUGCGGUGCACAUUACUCCUCAUGUUGGACUACCAGCCUCCACAGUUUAAACUGGACCCACGACUAGCCCGUUUGCUGGGGAUACACACACAGACCCGGUCAGCCAUCAUCCAGGCUCUCUGGCAGUACAUCAAAACAAACAAGCUGCAAGACUCCCAUGAUAAAGAAUACAUUAACUGUGACAAAUACUUCCAGCAGAUUUUUGACUGUCCACGGCUAAAGUUUUCUGAAAUUCCUCAGAGACUCACUAACCUGCUGCUGCCACCAGACCCUAUAGUGAUAAAUCACAUAAUCAGUGUUGACCCAAAUGAUCAGAAGAAGACAGCUUGUUAUGACAUAGAUGUAGAAGUUGAAGACCCAUUAAAGGGACAGAUGAGUAGUUUUCUUCUCUCAACAGCUAACCAACAGGAGAUCACAGCAUUGGACAACAAGAUUCAUGAGACAAUUGAAUCCAUAAAUCAGCUAAAAAUACAACGUGAUUUCAUGCUGAGUUUCUCCAAAGAUCCCAAAGGGUACAUCCAAGACCUUCUCCGGUCCCAAAGUAGGGAUCUUAAGGUGAUGACUGAUGUAGUUGGAAACCCAGAGGAAGAACGCAGAGCUGAAUUUUAUCAUGAACCAUGGUCUCAAGAGGCUGUGAGCAGAUAUUUCUACUGCAAGAUCCAGCAGCGCCGGCAGGAACUGGAACAGUCUCUAGGAGUGCGCAACACAUAAGUACUGUUCACAAGAUCCCAUUGGCAUCAUGACCACCAAACCAGUGGACUUCCCAGUGUUACUUAGCUCACUGUUACACAUGGACCUGCUUCCUGACUGGAUGAGAAUGUACCAUCAACCCACCAGUCAGAACACCAGCUUUAGAGUGACCCUUGAAAAUCUUGCCCAUGGGGGGUGUCUCAAACAAUUCCAGGCCAGAGACAGCACCAUACAAGUGUCAGUGUUAAAGAAGAUUAAAGGUUCAUUCAUCAACGCACAUCAUUAAGUUUUAGUGGAAAGUUCAGACACUACACAGCAAAUCCUAAUGGGCUAUGCAUAGUAUCGUGGGUGGCACUGAAGGGGGAGGUUGAGAUAGGUGUUAUAGGAGGCUACAGAUUUAGGGUAAUAAAUGCAGUUCUCAUCCUAUGUUACCUAAGAGUCUCAAAUAGUAACUUCUCUGGAAUU